AUCUUAGAUCUCUCAAAGACGCUGAUGUACGAUUUUUAUUACAAUCGAUUGAAAGACAAGUACGGAGAUCAAAUCAGGUUGAUGUAUACUGAUACGGACAGUCUGUUGAUUGUCGUUUACACGGAUGACAUAUACGAAGACAUACAAUCUCACGGGCAACACUACGACUUUUCAAAUUACCCAACAGAUCAUCCUUUGUACAAUCCAACCAAUAAGAAAGUGAUCGGUAAAUUUAAAGACGAGUUUGGAGGUAAGGUCAUUCAAGAAGCAGUUUGCGUAAGACCUAAGAUGUACUCGAUUUUAGCGGAUGACAACAACAUCACUCUUAAAAAAGCCAAGGGGGUCACAAAAUCGGUCACUGACAAAAAAUUAAAACACCAGCACUACUACGACUGCAUCUUUAAAAAUAAAUCUAAAACAGAAACGAUGACUCACAUUAGGUCGGAAAAUCACAUCCUUUACACCAUAUCUCAAAAUAAACUAUCGUUGAGUCCGUUGGAUACCAAGAGGUACAUUUUACCGGAU